UGCCAUAUGCAUAACGUUGUAAGUGCCACUUUUUCACAAAUGCGGAUUAUAUGCUAAAUAGAUAGUAUGUGCCAUGCUUUACUUGCACAAUAAAAUUUAUAUCGAUGGCGCUUUGUCCAGCGGCGAUGUAAGGAAUUACAUAUCAAAACGUAGUAAGUGCCAACGAACAGCUGCUUAUUUAUCAUAACCUAGCAAAGCUUUUUAAGCGGUGUUCGGGUGUACUGUUUUCGAUAAAAAAAAUGGAUAUUCCUGAAGAAAUACGUGCCAAAAAAAGAAAAUUUACUGGGAAUGUAAGAGAAGAUGUAAAACGCAAUAAAAACUCUGGAAGUCCAUACCAAACUCUAAAACAAAAGCGACCAAUACCCGGCAAACGCUUUUGUGAACAGGUGAAGUGCAGCUGUCAGUACUCUUGUAAGCUAAUUACUGUUGCUGCAAGAAAAAGAGUGUUUGAGCAGUUUUGGAAAUUGGCAGAUUAUAAUGAGCAGCAGAACUUUUUACGUUCCCUUAUUCGACCUACUUUAAUCAAACGUAGAAGACAUGGAAAUUACGAUAAUCCCAACCAGAGCAGACGACAACACUCUUUUAAAUAUUUUCUACCACUUCCAGGAGAAUCCGAAGUUCAGGUAUGUAAAAGUACCUUGUGUUUAACUUUGGCUAUUACACAAAGAAGAUUGGAGAUACUUAGUCAGCGAAUACUCUCCUCCGGCAUAUCUGUUCAAGACAAACGAGGUGGUAAACGUCCUGCUAGAAACAACACCCUAUGGAAACAAAAAAUUAUUGAUUUUAUUGCGUCAAUUCCUAGCAGAGAAAGCCAUUACAGUCGAGAAAAAGUUACAAACCGGAGAUACCUUUCUGAAGAUUUGAAUGUACGUAAGCUAUAUAAUGCCUUUCUUGAAAAGCAUCGGCUUGAUGGAACAAAGCCCCCAGUCUCCCGACAAUGGUUUAAUGAAAUUUUUAAGAAAGAAUUCAGUUUAGCCUUCGGAGCCCCAAGAGUGGACACCUGUCCUACUUGCGACCAGUACAAAAUUUCAAUAGCUGCUAGUAAGACUCCCGUAGAAAAAAAAGAAUUCGAACUAAAGCGCGAUUUACAUCAACGUAAAGCAGAGAGCGCUCAAAAAAUGAUGUCACAAAACAUAGUAGAUUGCAAAAGUCCUCAGUCUGAUGUAUGUGUGCUGUCUUAUGAUUUACAAAAGCAGCUAUAUAUUCCAGCAUUGACUCAUACUCAGAUGUACUAUAGUCGGCAGUUUACUUGUAUUAAUCUGGGAAUACAUUUUGAAGAUGAAGGGAAAGGUUUUAUGUACCUGUGGGAUGAAACAGCUGGAAAACGAGGAUGUAACGAAAUCGGUAGUUGUUUGUAUGAUUACGUUACAACUCAGCUUAAUACUACAAAGCGAAAAUUGGUCCUAUGGUCCGAUAACUGCGGAGGGCAGAAUAAGAACCAGGGUAUUUUGGCUGUCUAUAUUACCCUGGUAGCCAAAGGGUACUUCGACGAGAUAGUGCACAAAUUUCCGCAAAGUGGCCACACAUUCCUAUCAUGUGAUCGGGACUUUGGCUGCAUAGAAAAAGCCAAAAAAAGUCUUAAGCCUGAAGUACCUAUGGAUUUGGUGCGUAUAAUGGCAAGUGCUCGUUUGAAAAAUCCAUUUGUAAUUAAAUGCACCACUAGAUUUUUUAACUGGAUGGAAAUUGCAAAAACUACCCUAGUAACCUCCACCCUGGGCAUCUCGCAAGCUGUUAUGCUGAAAAUAUCUAAGGACAACUUAGGGCAAAUUGAAGUUAAAACGUCGUACUCGGACGUCGCACCAUGGCGCAAAGUGGGUGUGUUUAAACCAAAGGUUACAUCACAAAAUUUUGAAAAUUUAAACAUUGAACUGGUGGAACAGGCACCCCGUAAAUGGAACAAAGAAAAAAUUAAAGAAAUUAGGAGUAUGAUCCCGUUUAUAUCACCCGCAAAUCAAGACUUUUAUCAAAAUCUGGUGGAGAGUCAGGAGGCCCUACAAAAUGAAUAAAAAUAAGUUUCAACUUAUAGGUUUAUAAGAACCUCUUUUGUAUUAGCAUUAUAUUAUUAACAUUGUAUUUCACAAACUGUUUUGUAUAUUAGUAAAGGCGUUAGAAAAACAAUACGUGUUGAUCUUUUGUUUAAAACGUGAUUUUUAAUCCAUUAUACAUGUGCAACUUUAUUGGCACAUACUACGUUUUGAUAAUUAGCGGCCAAUAACAAAUUUAUUACCAAUGUUUUCAUUAAAGUAUGUGUUUUAUUACUUGCCUAUAUCUAAAAUGAUGUCAGUAAUAGCCACAAAUAUUUUGUAUUUCUUAGUAAGGUAAAACAAAACAUAAUAAUGCGCCUCCUGUAAAAUUUAUAAAAUUGCACAUACCACUUUUUGCAUAUGGCACGCU